CCAUUUUGACCUAAAAUGCCGUGAACUGUAGAGCAAGGUCACGAAAAUGGUGACACAGGUGGUUCCUUACUUCACUCCCUCUCACGAGAAGAAUAACUAUCACCUAUUUAUGAGCAAGACAUCACUGAGAGAAUCCUGGCAUCAGUGGGUGACGAUGAUGGAGCCCCUGCACCUCAGAGCCCAAACAGACUGGACGGAGAUGGAGGAAACAGCCAGAGGACUAGAAGUGGAGCCUGAAGAUGUGUCUGAAUGGCUGCAAUCUCAUGAUCAAACUUUUACGGAUGAGGAGUUGUUUCUUAGGGAUGCGCAAAGUAAGCGGUUCCUUGAGGUGGAAUCUACUCCCAGUGAAGAUGCUGUGAAGACUGAUGAAAUGACAACAAAGGAUUUACAGUAUUACAUGAACUUAGUUGAUAAAGCAGCUGCAGGGUUUGAGAGGAUUUGACCCAGUUUUGAAAGGAGAUGUACUGUGGGUAAAAUGUGAUGGAACAGUAUUCCCUGCUACAGAGAUAUCAUUUGUGAAAGGAAGAGCCAAUUGAUGAGGCAAAUUUUGUUGGCUUAUUUUAAGAAAUCACAGCCACACCAGCCGUCAACAACCACCACCUUUAUCAGUCAGCAGCUAUCAACAGUGAGGCGAGAUCCUUCCCGAGAAAAAAAGAUUAUGACUUGCUAAAGUUGAGGUGAUAGUUAGCAUUUUGUUUUAGCAAUAAAGUACUUUUAAAAUAGGGAA